UCUGCAGCCAGGAACAAGCCGGCUCCCCCAGCCCUGCAGCAGCUGCACAGCUUCCACUCCUACAAGGCAAUGUCUCUCCACAACGACUCCUCCUCCUCCUCCUCCACCAUCCAGAUCAGCAGGAUCAUGCGUCCUGAUGAUGCCAACAUAGCUGGAAACGUCCAUGGUGGAACCAUACUAAAGAUGAUUGAAGAAGCUGGAGCCAUUAUCAGUACACGACAUUGUAACAGCCAAACCGGGGAGAAGUGCGUGGCGGCGCUCGCUCGAGUGGAACGCACAGAUUUCCUGUCCCCGAUGUGCAUUGGAGAAGUGGGUCAUGUAAGCGCUGAAAUUACGUACACCUCAAAGCACUCGGUGGAGGUGCAAGUCAACGUCAUGGCAGAAAACAUCCUGACAAGCGCGAAGAGAUUGACUAACCGGGCAACUUUAUGGUACGUGCCGCUAUCUCUAACCAAUGUGGAUAAAGUCACUGAAGUCCCUCCUAUUGAGUAUGAAAGGAAGGAACUAGAAGAAGAAGGAAGGAAGAGAUACGAAAAUCAAAAACUAGAGCGUUUUGAAACUAAGCAAAGAAAUGGAGAUGUUAUUCUACCCGUUAUUGAUCCAGACAGACAAACUAAAGAACAGUACACCGUUGGAUACAGCCAGUCCAGUCUGAUUCAUUUAGUGGGUCCGUCGGACUGUACCCUACAUGGCUACGUUCACGGGGGUGUUACCAUGAAGUUGAUGGACGAGGUGGCUGGCAUCGUGGCAGUGCGCCACUGUAAGACCAACGUUGUUACGGCUUCUGUGGACGCAAUCAACUUCCAUCGCAAGAUCCAGAAAGGAUGUAUUAUCACCAUAUCUGGCCGAAUGACGUUCACCAGCAAUAAGUCCAUGGAGAUUGAGGUGUUUGUGGAUGCUGAUUGUUUAGUCGGGGACAUUCAGGAAAAAUACCGAGCUGUCAGUGCGUUCUUCACCUACGUAUCUUUAAGCAAAGAGGGAAAACCGUUGCCAGUCCCUCAACUGUUGAUUGAAAACGAAGAAGAAAAGAAACGCUUCGAAGAAGGGAAAGGACGCUACCUGCAAACAAAGACCAAGCGCCAGAUACAAACGCAGUGUUUGACCCAACAAUGAACGCAAA